AUGGCAGAAUUAGAAAGUGGGCCUUCUGAAAAGAGACAAAAUGAGAUAGAAGUUGGGUUUUCUAGUUUGGAAAUACUAAACAAAGAUAAAGAAAAAAUGGUGGUUGUGGAAGAUUCAACAUGUGAAAGAAUUACUCUAAAGGCGGGAAUGGUUUUCAAUUCUGAAGAAGAAGUCUAUGAUUUCUAUGUUAAGUAUGCACAACAAGAAGGGUUUGGUAUUACAAAAAGAACUACAAAAUCAGGAGAUGACGGGAAAUUAAAAUACUACACACUUGCAUGUGUACGAGGUGGCAAAAGAACAUCUAUUGUGAAAGAUUCUUUUAAACCUAGGCUAUCUACCAAAACAAACUGCCAAGCUAGGGUUAAUGUUAUUGUUGAUAAUGAUGGACGUUUUAUGAUCUCUCGUGUCCAUUUUGAGCAUAAUCAUGCACUUAGUCCACAAAAAUCUCGUUUUCAAAAAUACAACAAAAAAAUGGAUACAUAUGUCAAAAGGAGGCUUGAACUAAAUGACCAAGCAAGUAUAGGUUUGAGCAAGAAUUUUCAUUCCUUAGCAGUUGAAAGUGGUGGUUAUGAAAAUUUGACAUAUACAGAAAAAGAUUGUCAAAAUUAUAUUGCAAGAGCACGACAAUUCAGGCUUGGAGUUGGAGAUGCUGAAGCACUUGGGAAUUAUUUUUCUCGCAUGCAAAGGAGAAAUCCAAAUUUUUUCCAUUUGAUUGAUAUGGAUGAGGAAGGCCGGCUAAGAAAUGUAUUCUGGGCAGAUGCAAGAUCUAUAGCAGCUUAUGAAGCUUUUGGUGAUGUCAUAUCUUUUGACACAACAUACUCUUAA